AUGCGGGCCCGGUGGGCGGCCGCGCUGGCCCUGCUGGCGGCCGCGCUGGCCGGGCUGCCCCGUGGCCGUGCCCAGCGCCCCGCGGGCCCCGCGCCGCCCCGGCCCAGCUUCAUCGUUAUCCUGGCGGACGACCUGGGCUGGGGGGACGUGGGGGCCAACUGGCCGGCCACGAAGGACAYGCCGAAUUUGGACGAGCUGGCGGAGCAGGGCACGAGGUUCGUGGAUUUCCACGCGGCCGCCUCCACGUGCUCGCCGUCCCGCGCCGCGCUGCUCACCGGGCGCCUGGGCGCCCGCAACGGCGUCACCCGCAACUUCGCCGCCUCCGCGCGCGGCAGCCUCCCCCUCAAUGAGACCACGCUGGCCGAGGUCCUGCGCGCCGCCGGCUACAGCACGGCGGCUAUAGGCAAAUGGCACCUGGGACACCAUGGCCGCUAUCACCCCAGCUUCCGCGGUUUCGACUAUUACUUCGGGAUCCCCUACAGCCACGACAUGGGCUGCACGGACACCCCUGGCUGCAACCUGCCGCCGUGUCCCGCCUGCGCUCGCCUCGAUGCAGCUCCCAGCCACAUGAGAAGAGACUGUUACACGGAGGUGGCCCUUCCUCUCUUCGAGAACGUCACCAUCGUCCAGCAGCCCGUCAACCUGAGCAGCCUGGCGGCGCUCUACGCGGAGAGAGCCUCGUGGUUCAUCCGGCGAGCCCGACGCCCCUUCCUCCUCUAYGUGGCCCUGGCCCACGUGCACGUGCCGCUGGCCGCCCCCUGUGGCGGCCGCCCGCGCCGCGGCGCCUACGCCGCCGCCCUCAGGGACAUGGACGCGCUCGUGGGGAGCCUCAAGCGUGCGGCCGACGGCGCCGCCGACGGCGCCACGCUGCUCUGGUUCGCAGGUGACAACGGGCCCUGGGCACAGAAGUGCGAGCUGGCCGGAGACGUGGGGCCCUUCGUCGGCGCGUGGCAGCGCCCGCGAGGUGGGAGCUCCGCAAAGCAGACCACGUGGGAAGGAGGCCACCGGGUGCCGGCGCUCGCGUACUGGCCCGGCCGCGUCCCCGCCAACCGGAGCAGCGCCGCGCUGCUGAGCACUAUGGACAUUUUCCCCACGCUGGUGGCCCUGGCUGGAGCUGAGCUUCCUCCCAACAGGCGCUUCGAUGGCUUGGACGUGUCCCCGGUUCUCUUUGGGCGCUCGGACACGGGCCACAAGAUUCUGCUUCACCCCAACAGUGGUGCAGCUGGGAAGGACGGAGAGAUAGAGGCGCUACGAGUGGCUCAGUACAAGGUGUUCUACACAACAGGAGGAGCUCGGGCUUGCGACGGAAGCGUUGGGCCGGAGGAGCAUCACGAGCCGCCGCUCAUUUUCAACUUGAAUCACGAUAUCCGGGAGCAGGAGCCCUUGGACGUGGCAUCCCGGGAAUACCAGGAUCUGUUGCCUGCCGUCCGCAGGGCUUACGCAGAAGCUCUUUGGGACAUCGCGACGGACAACGUCUCUGUGGCAGAUUAUUCCCAGGAUCCUGCAGCGAUUCCCUGCUGCAGCGCCCGGCACGUGGCCUGCCGGUGCCACGCGGCGCCCGCGGCCUUGCACCCUCACACAGAGGGAGCAGGGCAGCUUUGUGGUUAAUCUCCCGAUGGCUUAAACUGCUCCGUGGCUGAUCCCGCCUUGUGAUAACUGCUCCUCAGCCUGGCUCUGGGCUCGAGGUSGCCCUUGGAGGAUGGGGAUGGAGGCUGUGGUGGUUCCCUACCGGUGUAGGUGAGUUGAGUGUCUGGGCUUGGGUGGAGAAGGUCCCUUCUCCUGCAGCUCCUCACAGAGCAGGAGUGUCCCCCCAGCAGGCCCAUUGCUGCCAGCCGAGCGGGUCUUGGAGUUACCUGCUGGUUCUGGGCUUGUGSAAGAGAAGGGAGAUGAGGUUUUGUAGAGCUCUUCAGCUGAGGAGGAGACAGGUCUUGGAUGAAAAKUGCCUCCUCCACGAGCUGGCUUGUGGUGAAUCCCUCUGGGAGAUUCUCUUGCCUUUCCGUGAUAGAAAAUGAGCCUUAUAGCAGAGGCCUAGGGGAGCGUGAGGAAGGGAAGGGAAGGAAGGGACCGCCCACAGCCUCCAAACAAACAUCCCUUGCUGGUGUUGAGAUCCUGGAAGUCUGUUGUAGAGAGAAUAUUUCCUGCCUUUUCCGYGCCAGGACAAGGUGAGUGCUCUGGGAAAUGAAGCACCUGCUUCUCUAGCUGCCAAGUGAGGCUUUUUUUCCAACUGAAGUUGCCUUAAAGACCAGAGGGGCCUUUGMGAGGGUCUUUGUCUGUAGCAGAGAGGGAUUUGGGCUCUGGUGCCAGCUGCCCUGUCCUUUCCUGGCUUCUUGCUGGGCACAACCUGUAGCUUGGACUAAGGCUGCUCUGCACAGACACUGCGAAGUGCAGGGGUUACUCCAAGCUCACAAAUAGCCAGGUCACUGAACGGGCUGUUUGGGAAUGUGCAUGAGAGGGGUGCAGGGCYGGGGUGCAGAGCCAGGGUGCCUCUUCCCUGCCACCUCUUUGGGAACAAUUCGUUUUUACCCAGCGCGUAGCUGCAGCCUCGGGCGAGUUGAGCGGAGCGCCCUGGAGCUCCAGGCUGCAGGCAGAGCUGCAAGGGCAGAGCCACAGGAGCAGCUGCAUCCUCAGCACGGCCAGGGUGUCUCAGCAGCCCAAUGAGGCCUGUCCGAAACAGCUGYGACUCCCAUUGAGGCAGCCA